AUGUUCUUCUCCUUGGGUUCCUCCAAAGAUGGGAGGGGGAGCCGCAAAGAGUCUCUGGCCUCGAUCUUCCAGCAUGUAUCGGGAAAGAACAACAAGAAAUCGAAAUCAGCGAUGUCUAUGGUACAGACUGCGGACGAGUUUCUUAUGGUGGUGCCGGACCCGCCUUCGAGAAAACCGAAGAGGAGUCAAAUUGCGGGAUUCUUUCGUGGCUGGGGAAAUGGAUGGAUGUCGAACAAGACACGGUACCGCGCAUCGCGGAUAGUGAGUGUCAUUGAAGGUAUGCAUUGUUGAUGAGAGCUGAUUGGCUCCAUUGCAGAUAAAACCGCCCUCGCCGGGAGGCCACAGACCACAGCAAAUGAGAGCUCUCGACAUUGACGACUCGGUCCUGGAGCGAGUGAUGGGAAAGACGAAAGAUGAGAAGAAGCAGGCGUCUGAGAAUUUCAUACUCCAGCAGAAGAUUCGGGCUAGAUCAAGAUCACGGACCAGGGGCGCAUGUUCCCUUGAUGAACCUCAAGUAGAUGGCCAACGAGGCCGUACUAAGCCUCUCACGACCGAGGAAGCCCAAGAAAUGUUCGUCGGAGCGCCCUACUUCAAUGUUGGAAAGGUCAAAAGCGGCUAUCGGCCGCAAGUGGUCUUCGUUGAUGAGAAGUCCAAGGUCCUCGCUCCUGGAUCAACAGAUCACCGUGAUCUGAGCCAUGCGUCGUUUCUACUAAGCACACUGGGUGCCGAACCAGUGAAGCGAGAUGCCAAAGCGGUGCUUCAAAGCUCACGAGCAGCUCUGCGUGAAUUGCCAAGCAUGCUCAGCUCACAUGGGACAGAGACUGGGACUACAAGCUUUGAGCACUUCCUUCAGCUGGCUAUCUCCGAUGACAUACGCUACACGGUCGAGCUGCCACGGUUCGAGAACCGUAAGCUACUCUACGCCGACCCGGGACAACUCGGUCUCCAAGAGAUGAACACCGACAGCAACGUGGAACGCCUCGCGGAGCUAGAGACAUUGCUGAAAACGAAGUACAGCGAUGACGAUACGGUAAUGGCCAUGACCAACGAACAGCAGAUAUCACGAAUGGGAGAGGAACUGUUUACGAGAAUACUGUGCCCGCCGAAAUCUAUGAGCAUCAAGGACACCACUUUGAAAGUGCAGAUCGAGGCUUUGCAGAACAUCCUGGGAAUGAAAGAGGUCUGGCCUGAUUUUGGUCUGCCUGACACCAGAUUGAAAAUCGGACAAUCACUCUGGUCUGGACCGAUCAACAAUGCGAGACGGCCGUCUCUCUUUGACAAAGAUCAUGAGCCAUCUGAACGAGAAAUUGUGCUCUUGCAAAUCACGUUGGCCGCUGAACUUCUCAUCCGUCUUGCCAUCGUAAGAGCUGUGUCAUUUACUCGCAACAGCGCAACAACCUUCCUCUCCCUGAGCGAUCGACUUGCUAUCGAAAGUCAGCGGACUGCGAAGGUCAAUUGGGAUCUCGUGCUAGCGGAAAGAUUCUUGGAGAAUGUGGAGGUAUCAAUCAAAGCCUCUGACAAGCCGAGCAAGAAUGGCUUGUUCAGCGUCCUUUCUCAACUCACAUCGAAAGAGAGAUCUGAACCAUUCUAUCAACCCCGGAACCAGGAACGGCAAAUCUCGGGUCUGGUACAUUUUGCUGAGUCGCUUCACUGGCCCAAUGCAGCAAGGUUAGAAAAAGAGCUGCUCGCCAAACUGGUAGAGUCGACCGAAGAUGACGCAGCAGAUAUAGGUGGUGGUGAUCGAGGUGUAAAUGAAGCAGUCCUGCAGAGGCGUCCAAGCGGCUUCACCGGAGAUCUAGACCCUAACAACACAAGUGAAAAAGCACAAAGAUUUCUGGGUAUGAGACGCUCGAGUCGUUCGAGCCGUCCCGGAAGUCGUUCAGGAAGUCGGCCUGGAAGCCGUUCUGGAAGUCGACAGGGCACUGCCAGGAGCGAGCACGGCGGGCCUCGUUUCUUCGGCGGUAGACAAGACACGGUGCACAACAUGCACCUGCACAAGACCGUAGACAACGAGACAAGUGGGGGAGAGGUCAAUGUGGGUGGCUGGAUGAGUCGCACAUGGCUUUGCGGCCUGGUCAUGCCAGGAGAAGCUGCAAGUGACUUCCUGAUCAGUGCCGUCCUUGAGAACACGCCUCAUGCUCUCAACACGAUUGGCGACGUUGCCAAUCUCCAGAGCGGCUUCGUCUACCAAGGUCGGAGUUACUGGAGCAAGAGCUCUGUCAUUGGACGAGUAAUGGCGGCGUCAAAGGAUGCAGUAGAAUGCAUGGGCUGGAUCUCCGUCGCUGGAAUGCCGCGCGGUCACAAGGAGGGCUGGGUAGCAUCGGAGAUACGAGAUGUUCCAUACUGCGACGACUCGAUGGCGAGAAUGACGGACCCAGAAGCCGUUGCAAAGGACUCCGAUCCCAUGGGCAGCGGCGAACGAAUGGCAGUGCAACAGACGGACUUUACGACACCACACGAUGGCCUUCCCGUGAUGGGCAACGAAGUGCGUUCCCAAGGCCUCGCGUUUACGGAAUCUGAGUUCGCUGGCGAAGCUCCAAUCCCGUCCAUUACUUUCUCCUCGCCCAUCAACAGCAAGCUCUCGACUCUGACCGUCACGAUCACUUACAAUGUGCACUUUGUCUCGUCAUAUCCUUGCCAUCCGGAAAUGCGCAAACCAAAGAUCAUCACCAAACCGAAAGCCAAACCCAAACCCAAGCGAAAGCCUGCUCCAGAACCAGACUUUUCCGGAGAUCUUCUCCCGUCUGACUUCGUGAUCCAAUACGAAGCCGAGCAAUACGAAUCGGAAGAAGAGGAAGAGGAAGAGGAAAUGGAGAUAUUGGGCGAGAUCGGUCCCCAAGACAGCGCUCGUUGCUCUACUUCUCCAUCUGGUGGAUACAUCAUGGCGGACGAAGCGAUGAGGGAGGUACCGCCUCCGCCUUGUCACUCGCUCCAUGUCGAUUACAAGUACGAGACCAUACCAGUAGCGACUCUGAUGACCGAGCCUCCCGAAGAGCGUCCACGAGCGCUCUCGGUGCCCGACGCCCGCGCCGCACAUCCAGAGGCUACAGCCGAGGAAGAAGCCCGCGUCGUCGUGCUGGACUGUCGCGGUACAGAAGACUUGCAGUUGCUCGGCCGCGCGUGGUGCUCCAAGGUCGCCGAGAACGCAAUCGUGGCCAAGGUCGGGCGUACUUGUCUUGCUUGCUCCAUUCGCGAGGCCAAAGCUUUGGGGUUCUCGGUUGUCAUUCGGAUCUAG